CUGAAGCGUUUUAGCGGGGUUGGAGCUUGGAGGUGGAGUCCGCGGGUUUGGAGGUGGAGGACUAGGAGCUUGGAGCGAGGGACUGAAUGCGCGGAGGCAGCAAAUGGUGAGCGUGGUGAGCAAAUGGACGCUUUCCCAGUUGAGCUGGAUGACGAGUCCAAGCAGGAGUGGAAUGAAGCAGUUCGUGCUGACGCAGAGCCGCCCACUCUUGAUGCUGAUGAACCAGUGGCUCCAAAAACUAAUCCCACACCCGCUGGAGCCCUAGAUGGAGAUGGACCUGCAAGGGUCGGCCGCAUCCAACAUUCUUGCCUUGGGAUCAAUGGAGUUGAUCAUGUGAAGAGAAAAAACGUGAAGUGUUUCCACUGUAGUGGCACGAUUGACAAGGGGAGUCCACGGUUCUCGUUAGUUGUCCAUUUGCGGAAGCCCCCACGCUCUAUACACACAGAAUGCCUGGCACAAUUGGACGAAGUUGUUUGCCAGAAUUCAGCACAAUUCUUGCGAGAAUUCAUCAGUGCUUCGUCUGACAGUAGCUUAGUGGCUGUGAGUCGACAAGCACUUGCAACGUUAAGUGGUUAG